AUGGCUCUUGCAGUCUGGAUCAUCUUUACUUGCGCUGUAGCUUUCAGCAACAUUGCUCCAUCAUCGCAAGCCCUGAGCCGGUCAAUGAUGCCCUUCGGCCUGAUGCGUCGAGAGCUGGCGUGCGAAGGCUACCCGAUCGAGCUGCGCUGCCCUGGAAGUGAUGUCAUCAUGAUCGAGACGGCCAACUACGGCCGCACUGACGACAAGAUCUGUGACGCAGACCCCUUCCAGAUGGAGAACGUGCAGUGCUACCUGCCAGACGCCUUCAAGAUAAUGUCACAGAGGUGUAAUAACCGCACUCAGUGUGUGGUGGUAGCGGGGUCGGACGUGUUCCCAGACCCCUGCCCAGGGACCUACAAGUAUUUGGAGAUCCAGUACGAGUGUGUCCCUUACAAAGUGGAUCAAAAAGUCUUUGUGUGUCCAGGAACGCUGUUGCGGGUGCAGGCGGCCAGUUCUCUGCAGGAGGCGGAGCACCAGGCGGGAGCGUGGUGUAAGGACCCGCUGCAGUCUGGGGACCGUCUGUACGUCAUGCCCUGGACCCCCUAUCGCACGGACAUGCUGUAUGAAUAUGCCUCCUGGGAAGACUUCAAACAGAACCGACCCACCACCACCUACAAGUUGCCAAACAGAGUCGACGGCACUGGGUUCGUGGUGUACGACGGUGCAGUAUUUUACAACAAAGAGCGCACGCGAAACAUAGUCAAGUACGACCUACGGACGCGCAUCAAGAGCGGCGAGGCCAUUAUCACAAAUGCCAACUACCACGACACCUCGCCCUACCGCUGGGGAGGGAAGUCGGACAUCGACCUGGCUGUGGACGAGAACGGCCUCUGGGUGAUCUACGCCACCGAGGCCAACAACGGACGACUGGUGGUCAGCCAGGUAAACCCUUACACCCUGCGCUUUGAAGGCACCUGGGAGACCAGCUUCGACAAGAGGAUGGCGUCCAACGCCUUCAUGGCUUGUGGCGUGCUAUACGCGGUGCGGUCGGUCUACCAGGACGAUGACAGCGAAGCAGGCGGUGACCUGGUGAUGUACGCCUACAACACUAACCGUGCCCGCGAGGAGCCUGUCAACAUCCCUUUCCCCAACCCUUAUCAGUAUAUUUCCUCUGUGGACUACAACCCUCGAGACAACCAGCUUUAUGUCUGGAACAACUAUAACGUGCUGCGCUACCCGCUGGAGUUUGGACCACCAGACCCCACCACAGGCCCUUUGACCACCACCCAAGUGACCACCACUCUUCCAGCCAGGCCGUUCACCUCCAGUGCCAGCCCCUCCACUGCCCGCCCCCUGGCCCCGACCUCGCGCCCAAUCGGCUCCAUCAACAAGCACCCCGAUCUUCGACCAAUCACAGCCACUGUGCCAGUCACCCGCCGGCCACCUCGCCCUCCUCAAGGCCCAGAGCCCCACGUCUGCGAGGCGAAGCUGGAGCGCGGUGUCCAGUGGCCCACCACGCAGAGAGGAGAAACGGUAGACCGACCGUGUCCCAAAGGAUCUCUAGGCAUUGCUUCGUUCCAGUGCUUGGCGGAACAGGUCAUGUGGAACCCGCGGGGUCCUGACCUGAGUAACUGCACCUCCCCGUGGGUCAACCAGGUGGCCCAGAAGAUAAAGAGUGGUGAGAAUGCUGCCAACAUCGCUGGAGAGCUGGUGAACCACACGCGGGGUCGGAUCCAGGCGGGAGAUGUCAGCUCGUCCGUGCGACUGAUCGAGCAACUGCUGGACAUACUGGAUGCCCAGCUUCAGGCCCUGAGGCCUGGAAACAAGGAGUCAGCUGCACGAAACUACAACAAGCUCCAGAAGCGAGAGCGGACCUGUCGGGCCUACAUCCAGGCGGUGGUGCAGACAGUGGACAACCUGCUGCGUCCCGAGGCUCUGGGGUCGUGGCAGGACAUGAACAGCACAGAACAGGCCCACACUGCCACCAUGCUACUGGACGUCCUGGAGAAGGGCGCUUUCCUGCUGGCCAACAACAUGUAUGGGAAUCGCUUCUCUGACCGAGCGCCCAGCAUCGAUCUGGAGGUGCAUGUUCUAAACACAGAGAUGGACCUGCAGGACCUGUCCUUUCCACAGAACUACGCCAGUGACAGCACCAUCCAGCUUUCAGCCUCCACGAUCAAACAGUACAGCCGCAACGGACAAGUCAAGGUGGUGUUCAUUCUCUAUAAGAACCUGGGAUCCUUUCUGUCCACUGAGAACGCCACAGUGAAGAUGGAAGUGGACGGGCCGAGCCAUGAAAAGAAGCGCCUGGCGGUCAAUUCCCAUGUAAUCGCCGCGUCUAUCAACAAAGAGUCCAGCAGAGUGUUUCUCACUGAGCCGGUGGUCUUCACACUCAAACACCUGGAGCUGGACAAUUAUUACACUCCAAACUGCUCCUUCUGGAACUACUCGGAGCGCUCCAUGAUGGGGCAGUGGUCGUCGCAGGGCUGCAGGCUGCUGGACACCAACAACACGCACACCACCUGCUCCUGCAGCCACCUCACCAACUUCGCCGUGCUCAUGGCUCACCACGAGCCCGAUUACCAGGGCCGGAUGCAUGAACUGAUCCUGUUUGUGAUCACCUGGGUGGGGAUUGUCAUCUCCUUGGUGUGUCUAGCCAUCUGCAUCUCCACUUUUUGCUUCCUGCGGGGCCUGCAGACCGACCGCAACACCAUCCACAAGAACCUCUGCAUCAACCUCUUCAUCGCUGAGCUGCUCUUCCUCAUCGGCAUCGACAAGACAGAGUACCACAUUGCCUGUCCCAUCUUUGCUGGCCUUCUGCAUUUCUUCUUCUUGGCUGCCUUCUCCUGGAUGUGUCUGGAGGGUGUGCAACUCUAUCUCAUGCUGGUGGAGGUCUUUGAGAGCGAGUACUCCCGCAAAAAGUACUACUAUCUGUGCGGCUACUGCUUCCCUGCACUGGUGGUUGGCAUCUCCGCGGCCAUAGACUACAGGAGCUAUGGGACCAAGAAAGCAUGCUGGCUGCGAGUGGAUAACUACUUCAUCUGGAGCUUCAUUGGACCCGUUUCAUUUGUUAUUAUGCUCAACCUCAUUUUCCUCAUGAUCACGUUACACAAGAUGAUUCGCAACUCUUCAGCACUCAAACCUGACUCCAGCCGCCUGGAUAAUAUAAAGUCGUGGGCUCUGGGGGCCAUUGCUCUGCUGUUCCUGUUGGGGCUGACAUGGGCGUUCGGCCUCCUCUUUAUCAACGAGAACACAGUGAUCAUGGCCUAUCUCUUCACCACCUUCAACGCCUUCCAGGGCAUGUUCAUCUUUAUCUUCCACUGUGCCCUGCAGAAGAAGGUCCAUAAGGAGUACAGUAAGUGUCUGCGUCACUCCUACUGCUGCAGCCGCACCUCCACCACCAGCUCCCACGGCUCCCUGAAGAACUCAGGUCUGCGUGCCAACAACCGCUACUACAGCGGCAGCCAAGCUCGCCAUGCAGCGGCCCACAGACAGAGUCGGAUCCGCAGGAUGUGGAACGACACGGUUCGGAAGCAGACAGAAUCUUCUUUCAUGGCGGGAGAUAUCAACAGCACCCCGACACUGAACCGCGCGACCAUGGGCAACCACCUUUUGACAAACCCAGUGUUACAGACUCGCACUGGUACCUCACCUUACAACACUCUGCUGGCUGAGAGCUUCACCCCGCCCUCACCCGGUGUCUUCAACUCUACCGGAACCUUCCGCGACCCAAAGAGCACGUUAUCUAAGGCCCGCGACCCCUGUGGGAUGGAAACCCUGCCCUUGAAUGGUAACUUCAACAACAGCUACUCCCUGCGCAGUGGCCCAGGGGGUGGAGGUGGGGGCAGCUGUGACUUCCUAGGUAGCGGGGGUGGAGACAGUCCCCCGCCCCUCCUCAAUCCCCGCAGCUCAGAGGCGCUGGGCGGCGGCGGCAUUCGACGAAACCUCUCUGACGCCGCGGCCUUUGAGAAAAUGAUCAUCUCGGAGCUUGUGCACAACAACCUGAGAGGUGGUGUUGGAGGAGGAAGUGGAGGAGGUGGGGGUGAAGUAGGGGACAGGGUGUGUGGCAGCCUGGCCAGGGGACGUCCUCACGGUGGGGUUGGUCGGGGGACAGUGGGUGCCGGGCCAGAGCCGUCUAUGAGCAUAGAUGAAGAUGAGGACUUUCUGAGAGACGGACGGCAGCGCACCCCGCAGGAUGUGGAGCUACUUUAUAAAGCUCUGGAGGAGCCCCUGCUGUUGCAGCGCGCCCAGUCUGUCCUCUACCAGAGCGAUCCAGAGGAGUCGGAGAGCUAUACGGCCGACCUCACCGAGAGCCUGGGCCACAGUGGCCACAGUGGCCAGAGUGCUGGGGGGCAGGGAGGCAGCAGAGCGCCAGACUCCCCUGCCCGUGACUCCCUGUACACCAGCAUCACCAACCUGCGAGACUCACCCUACCCUGACAGCAGUCCUGAGCCCCUGGAGGUGGUGCCCCGCUCGGCCCAGCCCCCUGAGGAGCUGUACUACAGCUCCGGGAGGCCUGCCCUCGGCUCUCGUGGGGCCCCCAUGCAGACCUUCUACCAGGCCCCACCCCGGAGACCGAGUGGGGAGGGACACCAGGCUCAGGAGCCUGCCCACAAUGAGGGAGACGGACAAAUGCAGCUGGUCACCAGCCUGUGACUGGAGCCUGAAGGAGGAAGUUGGGGACUAAUGUGAUGGCCAGAACCGCCUCCU